GGGCGGGGGAGGUCGUGGAGCCCCGCCAUCGGUUGGGCCUCACUCGCGCGUCGCGCCUCACUUUAGCAACACGUACGAACGACCGACGCCCGCGCACGGUGUCGUAUUACCGCUCUAAAUAUAUCCCGCGAGCCCGAUCGCCUAUUUGGACGCUCGCGCAGCGUGUUUUGAACCUGUGAUUGACAGUGCCGAGUGAAGACACAUAAUCCAACCCCGGCAACCGACAUGGCACAGUUGCUAACUGUGCGGCUGAACAAGUCUGACCAGCAGCCGCUGGGAUUCCGGCUACAGGGCGGGAAAGAUUUCGGCACACCGCUAGUUGUCCAAAAGGUGAACGGCGGCAGCGCUGCUGAACGCGCGGGGCUGCAGGCUGGCGAUGCGGUCAUCCGCGUCAACAACACCGAUGUGUUUAACCUUCGCCACCAGGAGGCUCAGGACGCCAUCCGCGCCGCCGGCACUGCCCUAGAACUGACAGUGCAACGCGGUGGCAGCACUUGGCGGCCAACAGUGACUCCGACAGGCAGCCUGCCGCGGCCAGGCACACGGCCACUGGGUGCAGCACCCGCACCGGUCACCAGCACCAGCCUCAAGGCCACACCUCAGCCCAACCGCAACUUCGGUUCCGGACACAACAAUGUCGCUAAACCCUUCGGCUACCACAGGGUCAAUUUCAAGAAGAAUGAGAAAACUUACGACGCGGAAAAGAGUGCAGUAUUUAAGGUUUUGCAAGAGGAGCAGAACGAUCCUGAGCCAGAGGUGGGUGGAGCGCCCGCGCCCGCGCCCGUGUCCCCCGCGCCGAUGUCGGGACUGCGGCACGUGUCCGCGCCCGUAGCUAAGCCCGACGCGCCGCUCAACACCGGCGGUCUGCCGCCCGGGCAGAACAUUUGCGAGGAGUGCGAACGUCUCAUCACUUCAUCGAUAGAUGAGAUUAAGAAAGUAAGAAUUAAUAUUGUAAUGGAUGGUUGCGGGUCGGCAGAGGCGUGUCAGUUUUUGUCGCGCGCGAGCGUGUGCCGCGCCGGCUCAACGAGCGUGCCGCACGUGCCGCAUGCGCGCGCGCGUUCUCCAAGAGUGGAGGUGUCGCCUGUCCCGCGACCCUUGGCGACCCAGCCGACGGCGACGCAGCCGCUGGCGACACAGCCGGCGACGCCGCGGCAUCUGGUGCCGGAGCCGGCGCACCGGCCCAGUCUGCCGCUGAGUCUCUCGGCGCACCACCCCGCCGCGGUCACUACCGAAACUCCUCUCUGCUCCGACUGUAGUCGCCACAUUACCGGAGUGUUCGUGCGCAUCAAAGACAAGAACCUGCACGUAGAGUGCUUCAAGUGUUCGACGUGCGGCUCCUCCCUUAAGAACCAGGGCUACUACAACCUGAACGGGAAGCUGUACUGCGAUAUUCACGCUAAGCUGGUGGCGCGCCAGAACCCACCCGCGCCCAACCUCGAGCCCGUCACCGUGCCACCUGGCGGCCGAGUUCCAACAAACACUUAUUCAACACCCCUGCCUCCGCUCGCCACCAACAACUACACCAAUGGCAGCUCUUCUAUGUUCAGCCCGUCCAGCAAUCUGUCGAGCUCAGGUCCGAAGCCGUUCGGUUCGUCGCUGGGUUCUGCGUACUCGCCUUCGCUGUCACCGCGCUCGGCGCCGCUGUCGCCCGCGCGCCCGCUCGCCGCGUCCGCCCCCGCACCUGCACCGGCACCCGCACCCGCCCCCGCCCACGCCCCCGCACCCUUCGCACCUGCGCCCAAUUCUUUUCAUUUAUUUUCUUCCUCCCCAUUUCUAAUCUUUGUGAAUAAUCAAAUACUAAUAGCACAAAAUGUAAAAAGCAUUAUAUGGCCACCGCCACCGAACCCCCCCGAAGAUGACGUAACUGACGUCAGACCGAAAUCUAUUGAACGAACAUUUGCGCAAGAUAAUAAAAAUGUAUGUGCUAAAAACGAAAAUGCGAUAAAAUCAGAGAUGAUCAGUAAUCAAAAAAGUUGCUCUGAGACAGUAUCAUCUGAGCAAACGGCUUUAUCUUCCAACGUGUCAUUCAGUGCUGCUACCAUGUCCACGGCCACCACGACUUCGUCACAGUCUUCAUCUAUGGUUCAGUCUGUGCAGUCCGGUCUCAUACAAGAAACCAAGAGCAGUAUUCAGUCCUUUACAGAACAUGCUUCCUCUCAAAAUCAAAGCAUAUGCGUUUUUGAAUCGCAGAUAAAUCCAAAAGAAUUUAUUCCAUUACCAUUUGAUGAAAAGUUGGAAAAUAUGAUCAAUAACACUAAACUGGCAAAUAUAGAGGAGUCGUCUAUGUCAGAAACAUUUAUGAAAACACAUUCGAAGCAAGCUUCUUCUACGUUUCAUGAGGAAAAGUGCAUGACGAAUGUAGGAUCAGAUAAACCUCAAAUUAAAAGUAAAUUAGUACCUGACAAAGGUAAGACACAUAGUUUACGACAAACUACUGCCAAACAAUUUGAAACUGGCUCUAAUGUGAAAAGUAACUUUGAGACUCAAAUGCAUUUAGAAUCAAAAGAGAAGAAGAUUGAAAAGAAUGUUACAGGUUCUAUGACAGAAGCUCUAACAAUAGCCCCCGAGAGACCAUAUUCACCCUUACCUUCGAUUCAAGCUUCCGACCUACUGAGUGUUAACACAGGUCAUGUGCAGACUUUAUCAGAAAUGUCAAAUGUACACACCCAAUCAAAUAAGUUAAAUACAAUGGAGCAACAAAUAAAACGUGAAAACCCACCUAAAGUUGAUAAUAAACCAUUCAAAGUGUCAGAAAAAACAAUGCAAUCACAAUCAUCUUUGGAUCAACGGUCACAAAAAUCAAAUCGUCAGAAAAAUAUUUCUUCUAAGAGUGGUGAACAAAAACCAUCUAUUAUGCGCGGCUCUCUUAGAGAUGCUCUAACAAUAGCUCCAGAUAGACCAUAUAAUCUUUUAGGUUCUGCAAAUUUACAAACUUAUCAUAUCUCUCCAAGCACAGAAACUAAUCUGUUGCCAGAUUUCCCAUCUCACAGCGAGGCGGAUAAUAAAUUUGAAUCGUGCCACCUAAAAGAAGUCAAUCAACCUAUAGUGCAACAGAACACCAAGGAAAUACAAUCAUCAUCAGAAUCACGCUCAGCAUUCAAACCGGUGGCUAAAAAAGUUUUUCCGCCACCGACACCUGAAGAAUUUGCAAGCCUUUCUUAUUUACCUACGGAAUCUGGAAGAAAUCAAUCAAGUACGGGACAAAAAACUCAAGAAAAACAUGAAAUGAUGAAAGCUAAAACAGAAUCAGAGCAUUUCACUGCGACGACUACUAGCAACAUGAAUGUACAAAGCUUUUCAACUGUUAAAACAGCACAAAAUUUUUUCGAGCAACGGGAUAAAACGGAAUCUUCGACAUUAACUUCUAUUAAACCUGCUUUCUGUACUCAAAUGUCGGAUAACAUGCUUCGCUCUAAUGCAAAUGCCUCGCAAGUUGUUUCACACAGUGGAGUCAUGCCAGAAUAUCAAAACUCACCACCGGACACAAAAAUAAAGCAACCGGUUUAUCAAGUACAACCCAUGCCACUUGUUGAAGAGGCCUCUAGAAGUUCUCCCGUUCGAAGUCGACCUACUACGCCCAGUUUAAUUAAUAAGCCUGCUCCUAUUAUUCCUCAUUAUCAAAUGAAUCUAGUUACAGUAGAACAUACUGCUCCAAAAAGUCAGGUGUAUGAACCUUCGAGUACUGAAGCCAGUCGUUCGUCCACACCUAUGUUAAGGUCACGUUCGCCUGGUCAAGGGCUUCAAUCCAGCAACUUAAAAGCUCACGCGCCUCGUAUAAAAGAGCCUACUACACAGAUGCAACAAGGACCGCGUCUAGUGGAGGCAAAUGUAAAAACGGACUAUGAGAACAGCCAAAGAGACUUUGUAACAAGCGUAUGUUCAACAUUCAAUGCACAAAGAGCUCCAGAACAAUCAGUUGUAUAUGAAUCGAGAGGUUCAAAAUCAGGACAUCAAAUAGAAAAAUAUGACAAAGGAAAUCUUAGUUUCAAGGAGGAUUCUAUGAUCAAUCAAAAUUAUGGACAAAAACAGAUGCAGUCGCAAAAUGUGGCCGAAUAUGGAAAUACAACGGUACACACGUCGAAAAAAACUUUUGAAGAAUUUGAACAAAUGCAAACCGCUAAGGUCAUAGAAAUUACGAAGGGGGGUUCGAUUUCCUGCGACUCGUAUCAACAACAAAUCGAUUCUAAUAUUCGACCAUCUAACAUCUCCAGACAAGUCUUUCCACCGCCUGUAAUGAAUUUACAAGCCAUCCACGAAUCUUUACCUCCUAAUACUACUAAUGAAUCUGUAGCUACCGCUAACAGACCAUCCGAGUUUUAUAAACCAAUUCCUUCAAUUUCUGGUGCUAACCAAGUUCCAGUGUGUGAUCCUACCCCGUCGACAGGUUCGAGUGUAGGAGGCGCCGCUCGCGGCAAAACAUUCGGUGUCUCGUCUGCGCCCAAACGUGGCAGGGGAGUCUUGAACAAAGCCGUACUGCCGGGCUCACGUGUGCCCCUUUGCGGUUCCUGCAAUGGGAACGUUAGUGUGAAUCUUUGUAUAAAUGUUUGUGUUUUGUUUUUUUUUCUAACAGUUAACGAUACGCAGAUUCAUGGCAGUCCAGCUAAAACUGAGUUCAAAAGCCAAGCUGAGGAGAGACUUAUAAGGAAAAUGGCAAAAAUGGCGCUAAACGGAUACGAAAUAGGAAUUCAAAGGAAAAUAAAACCCGCCGAUCAUAUUCAGAGCAUGGCGAAUAAAAUUCAAGACACCGUUGUGACCAAACAUCCUCUCAAUUCAGAUACUAUUUUAUCAGAAAACAAUAGUCGCGAAAACACAUUACGAAGACCGUUGAACAAAAGCUUUGAUGAUGUUUGUAAAACACCUGAAAAUAAUUUCCUUAAUAAAACCACUUCGUCACCAUUGUUCAUCGAUGAUGGUUAUCCUCCUGUUCCUCCUCCCAUACCCAACACUCCUGUGCCGGCAUUUGAUCCCCCGAGCCCCACAAUCUUAAAUUCAUUAAAUACUCCCACCCCAAAGAAACAAACCGAUUAUCCAUUGAAAAAUUCCGACACUAAUUUAUUGACAUUAAGCAUACUGCAAUCACUGAACAAUUCCGAGAAAUCGUCAAAUGGAAGCGAUUAUUCCAGUAGCGAUGACAUGUAUAAGGAAAAGUCUGAAAUUAUAAGCAACGGUAAUACCUUACGAAAGAAAUCUAGUUUUGAAAAGUCUUCGUUCCUCGAUGGAAUGAAUACUUUAAAUCAAGAUGUAUACAAAACGGAAGUUAAAAACGAAAACAGCUUUUCCAAUACUUUAAGCAAACGUAAACUGUUUGAAAAGAUUGAGGAUACGAAUCAUUCGGAUGAAAUUAAAAGCAAACCUAUUAACGGUUGGUCAGAACUGAACCAAACGAAUUCUCUUCGCAAAUCUCCUACAGCAGAGAACGGUAAAAACGAUAUAAAAAGUACAGAAGAAUUUACAAAGAAAUUGCCCAACAAUUUGUAUGACAACACGCUUUAUGCAUUUAAAUCUCCUAAAGUGGAGAAUAACGUAUCGAAUAGCUUUGAAAAUGGUAACAACGAUGAAUCUAAAAUAGACAAUACAGAAACUGAAACAGUGGUAAAACGCAGGGAGAAAAAGAAAUUCAGAAACGAUGACGGUCGGAGAGAUUCUCGUAUUGUUCAACGUCCAUUGAGUACGAUGACGUCAGUGGAUGUAGCCGAGGGACAGUAUCCAGUCUGCCACAUUUGUGAGAAAGCUAUAACAAGGGGUCCAUUUAUAACCGCAUUGGGCCGUAUUUGGUGCCCUGAGCACUUCGUGUGCGUGAACGCCACGUGCCGCCGCCCGCUGCAGGACAUCGGCUUCGUAGAGGAGGGCGGCCAGCUCUACUGCGAAUUCUGCUUCGAGCAGUACAUCGCGCCCGCUUGCGACAAGUGCCAUGCCAAGAUCAAGGGCGAUUGUUUGAACGCGAUCGGAAAACAUUUCCACCCGGAGUGCUUCAACUGCGUGUAUUGUGGCAAGUUGUUCGGUAACAAUCCGUUCUUCUUAGAGGACGGCUUGCCAUACUGUGAAGCAGACUGGAACGAGCUUUUCACAACGAAAUGUUUCGCUUGCGGCUUCCCCGUGGAGGCGGGCGACAGGUGGGUCGAGGCGCUCAACAAUAACUACCACAGUCAGUGCUUCAACUGCACGGUGUGCAAGAAGAAUCUCGAAGGACAGAGUUUCUUCGCCAGAGCGGGCCGACCUUACUGCAGGAUACACGCCCGCUAACGACCCCCAACAGAUAAUGUACAACUCUGACACUGUUUACUCCACCACUGUAUUCCGACCCGUCUCUCUUUCUCCCUCUACAUUCCCCGACAGAGAAACACCGCCGCCGCAACGGACGAGGAAGUUGGAAACGCCCCUCCACUUCGAUGGAGGAUUGUUUUCCGACAUAAGAAGCUCUGAUGGCAAGUUACUUAGCAAAGUAACAGUCGAUCGAAUGCACAGUUCGACGCGUCGCGAUGUAGUCGACACGCCUCAUGUAUCGGAGACAAGCGAUGCGUUCGGCAAUAAAGACUACGUCGAUGAUAUCGUCAAAACUGAAACUAUCACCAAUGAGGAUGUCUUUAAAGUAAAAUUCACACCAGUUUCCUUUGAGCUUGACGGUCCGCAGCAAGCUACAAAAUCACUCGAACGACCGCGAACACCGGUUAUUCCAACACUUAUUGAUGAACCAAUAACGCCUCUAAAUGUUCCCAUGACACUCUUUGAUCAUUCAACAACACCUAUCGAUCGUCCAAUAACACCUCUAAAUGUUCCAAUGUCACUCUUUGAUCGUUCAACAACACCUAUCGAUCGUCCAAUAACACCUCUAAAUGUUCCAAGGACACUCUUUGAUCGUUCAACAACACCUAUCGAUCGUCCAAUAACACCUAUCGAUCGACCAAGAACACCUGUCAAUGUUCCAAUGACAUUCUUUGAUCAUUCAACAACACCUAUCGAUCGUCCAAUAACUCCUCUCAGUGUUCCUAUGACACUCUUUGAUCGUCCAACAACACCAGUAAAUAGACCAAUAACACCACUCAAAAUAAUUAGUAACGACUACGAAGAUUUACAAAGUUACAAAAUUAUUAAAACAUUGCUAAAAGAACAUUCUAACACGAAAGCGGAUAACCUUAAUUAUUGGGACGAUAAAGUGAAUUUUACUGAUGUUAAAACCGACGCACCAGUUAAAAGAGCUCAUAGUCCUUUGGCAAAUUUCAUUGUGUCUGAACAGUUAACUAAAAUUGAUAGCUAUUUGCAAGAAAAUUUAAAUGUGUAUUCUGAAAAUAGUACCGAAAUAAUUUCAAAACCGCUUAAACUAGACGAAGAAAGAGAGACGAAAAAAGAUAUAACUUGUUCCACUAAAAAUGAAUACAAUAUUACCACCCACAAUUAUAAUAGAAAUGUAGAAAACAACAGCAACAAUGUGAAGGAACCAACAGUAAAGGACAAUGCAGUUGAAGAGAUUCAACCAACACCUUUAAAAGUAAACAGUGUCAAAGCAAAACGUUCGGGAGUUGUAAGCGCUAUAUGCAACAUGCCGAUGCAUUACCACGCCGCGAUUUUGUGUUUCUUUUUAAUUGUAUAUAACCUUAUUUAUCAAUAUAUAAAACAAAAUCACCAUGGCAUUAAGAAAUAAAUUAUAUUAUUGUUACGAAUAAAAUGUACGCAUGUAUUAUACUAGUCAAGGAAAAAUAAUCAAAGAAAAUUCAACUUUCGUUUUUCAAAAGUCUAAUUCAAUUAGUCAAAAAGUAUUUGCAAAUGAUAUAUGUACAUAAUAAACAUAUGUAACAAACACCACAUCGUGUCAGUAUGUUCCAACAUUAACAAAUUGGUGCUUUUUUACUUUGCUAAAAUUGCUCGCGAUGAUGUGAUAUUUCACUUCUUCUAAUAUAAAUAUAAGGCUUUGUACACAGCUUCCGGAAUGUUCCAAUAAACUGUUACUAACUCUAACAGUAGUAAUAUCAGCUGACAAGGAAAAAAAUACAUUAAAGCUAAAAUAUUAUA